CGAGUGAUUGUGGGUUUCUGGGCUUACAGGCCUGACUGCAGAGUUACCGGUUUUCUUUAGACAUGUUGGAGUUUAUGGACUAUAUCCAGCAUGCAUUCUACAGUGCCUCCCAUUGGAAUUAUGAAAAUUCAUACUCUCAAUUGACUUCUACCGCGCGAGCGCUGCUAGAUUUCGAAACUCCGCGCGGCCUACGACUAAAUGUCUCCUCGCUAUCGUCGCCAAACUUUGCUACUUCAUAUGCGCUUGGAAGCGUUGGGCUCGUCGACGGAUCUCUAUCCUACCUCUACACUUCCCUCCCGUUGCACGCCACCUCGCAGAGCGGCAAGUUGAACCUGCACGAUGUCAUACGAGGCUAUCGGCAGAUCCAAGAGCUCCGCAAACCAGAAGAGUCAUGGAUGUGGGAGCAGUGGCUUGGAGGGAAGCGCGUAGACCAGCGUGAUACCUUGCUCUACGGCCGACUCUACCUACCCCAAAGCACCCUGGAAGCAUUAUACCUCUGCCGGAUCAGUCCGACACAGCAAGUGAAACUCUCUGCUGUUAGUGAUAGCCGUCUGAAAAACGGGGGUACCAUUCUGGCGUUGCAUCAGUACGACGUAGGCAAAUAUAGCGCGGAGACGCUUUAUUCUACCGAUGGAGGCCUCAUUGGACUCCGGGGCCUCUACAAUUUUGGCCCCGACCCAAGAAAGGAAGUACCAGAACCUCCGAGAGCAGAUGAUCGACCUUAUGGGCGGUUCAGCGCAGGAGCCGAGCUGUACUAUGGGUCCUUGAACAAAUCAGGCGGUGUUAGUUUUGGUGGAAGAUACGCUACCCUGCCUGCGCAUAAGGGAAUCCCCUUGACAGCGACGCUGACCGUGAACCCGUUGAUGGGGAAUCUGAGUACCAGCUAUGCUGUGAAGGCAGGGAAGAACCUGGCGCUAUGCUCAAAGUUCGACUUUAAUGUCUAUAGUUACGAAAGUGACCUGAUGCUAGGGUGCGAGUUAUGGAGGAUGAAAAAGAGAGUCGAGAAGAAAAUGGAACGAAGCAUGGCUGCUAAACUGGCGUGGACCGUCGAUGAGGUGAAGGAGCCAACUACGCCUGAACCAGAGGAGGUUGCGGGGGUCUUGAAGGCCCGAGUUGACGAGAAUUGGAAGAUUGGGAUUCUAUGGGAGGGGAGGAUUAAGGAAAUGCUGUUCACACUUGGCUCAUCAAUCGACAUGAAGAGGAAGGACCAGCCGUUCAGAGCUCUGGGCUUGGAACUGCAGUACUCGUCGUAGAGGUCGGCCAUGAGGAAAUCGCGCCAGGAAACGACAGGACCAAAGGAUAAAUUAUUUGGAUCAUGAUGGUAUCUGGGCCAAAUACAUAUACAUGUGCGGCGCCCCGACUGAUAGAGCUCGCUAUGGGGAUGGGAUCUAGGACCAGAAUCACCCCGAUUUAGAGGAUCCAACAGAAGCGGGUCCGCAUUGUUGAGAGACGUGUAUGUAGGAGAGCGGUGGAAGAGCUUUCGAUCCUGCUGGCGAAGCCCUCCGCGUCUUGGUAACUAAAGUAGGUAAUAUAAUGAUAAUGACGGGGCGAGGGGCAAAAGGCAAGGCAGAGCGAUGAGCGCUCGCCGAGAAGGGCCAGGUUCACAAAACAAAAGAGACACUGUUUUAAACCAUGAUGCCUUUCAUUCCUGCAACAAUCUGGAC